AUGAACACCAUGAUCACAUGCGAUGCAGACCUCUGGAUUGAAGACAUCAACCCCUGCUUCCCGGGGUCCUGUCAUGAUUCAUGGGUGUGGCGUAGGAACCCUCUCCGUACAUACCUUGAAGCAGAACUGCGCCCUGGUGAAUGUUUGCUUGGAGACUCCGGCUAUCCCUUGGAGCCGUGGCUCCUGACACCAGUGCCGGGGCAUCAAGCUGGCAGCACCCCUGAGGGCCUCUACAACAAGGAGCACACCGCCAUGCGCAAUGUUGUGGAGAGGUGCAUCGGGGUCCUAAAGAGCAGGUUCCGCUGCUUGCAGCGUUACCGGACCCUGCUCUACAACCCCGAUCGGGCGGCGACCAUCAUUGCCGCUUGUGCAACUCUUCACAACAUUGCCUUGGCGGCACGUGAGCCUGCCCCAGAAGAGGAGGACGACGACAGUGACGUUGCUCUAGCUGUCCAGCAGACUGCAGAUCUGGUCGACCCGCCAGCACCACCCAUGCGGGUCCCACAACCACGGGAGCUGUACCUGAGGGGCCAGCAGCAGCGCAACCACGUGGACCUUUUCCAAGGACCACGCGGAGUGCAUACUGACCACCUCCGGAGGGUACGCCGCCGCCUGCUGCGACCUUGUCGGCAGCAGCCAAUGUAA